AUGAUCCUAGAGGAUCCCGCUCUUCUCCUUGACGAUCGGCUAUCCCAACUUGUCAUUGACCAGUCAUUUCCGAUUCCCAUUUCAAGUCGAAAAUUUCUUGAAAACGCAAGCGUUGCUGCAAGAAGACGGACCAGGCAGUAUGUGUUCUCGCAAUACUCAAAAAAGAUGUCCAUUUUGCCCGUGAAAGAGAUUAUCCGAGAGAUUUCUUCAUCUUCUUCUUGUUCCUCCGAUGGAUUGUCAAAAUAUGUUCGCUCCAUCUCACAGAUGCUUCAGCGGGACAUUGACCUAGCCUCCCCAAUCAUUCAAAGGUACGAGUUUGUUGUUUCUUCUAUUUAUAGACAUACUGAGAGGUAUCUCUCGAUUUUUAUGGGCUCCUCUAUGGUUGAGUUGGACAUUACCAGCAGAUAUAGACAAAAAGUUAUCUGGAAAAGCCACAAUUCUCACAAAGGAGAAGAAAAUCAACAAAUCAACAGCAAUAUCCAGCCUCCGGAACAUGAAAAGCUUUCUUGUGCAAUCAAAAAAACUAAAGCCUGUCAUGAUGACCCGGAAAACUUUACGGAGCUGUGUGUAAAUGCACUAUGUACGUUCUCCACAGGAGAAAUGAUCAACAAUAUAACGGGAUUUCUACAUGAAGUUUCUAUUGAUGACUUGGCCCAACUUGAGGCUUGCAAUAGCAAUUUUUCGGUGUUAGAAACCAUAUCCAAUAGGGAAAGGUUUCAUGUCCUUCUUGGACCUGCCAGGUUCAUCAAUCAUGACUGCAAUCCCAAUGUAAAGGUACGCGGCAAGCACACCAGUCUUUUUGAUUAG